AACAUGGACGUCUGUGGAAGGGCAAGUCUCGUGAUUUUGUGAAAAUUUAGUGACUUCUCGCUUGGCCAGGGCUCCGUGGGUGCGACCAGGAUCGAGAUUAAGGUAUUGUUGUUAGUCUGGUGCAACCGCCGCGGUGCUGGAGGACGUGGCCACGCCGCUAUAGAGAGGAGAUGAGCGAGCCCGAGGCAGGCGAGGGGGCCGGGGCCGGGGGGGAGCGCGGCGAGAGUCCGGGGCUGGGCGGGUGCGGGGCUGCGGGUCCUCCAGCUGCUGACUCGCCCGCCGCCACCACGGCUGUCGCUGCCUCGCCACUCUGCUCAUCACCACCGUCCCCAGCCCCAGAGCCCGACGACCCCUCGCCGACCCCCGAGCGCGCCUCAGUCGCGCGACACGUGCCCCCGCGCCCGGACCACCUCGCCCCCGCGCACCACCCGCCGCUCUCCCUCGCCACUCACCACCACAGCCCCGACCCUGACGAUCCCGACGACGACCCCGACCUGCAGCCGCGCAUCCUGCACACCCAGACGGUCGCCCUCCACCACCCGGAGGACGACUCGGAACUUUCGCCCUCGGCUCACGUGAACUACAAGGACGAGCCGCUCAGUGUUAGUGUUGUGCACGAGGACUCGCAGUUGGACUCCCAUGACUCAGGUCUGCUGAGUCCCAGUGAACUUUCUCCCCGCGAAGGUCAGGUUAGUGUUCCCAGCAUGAUCGACGCGUCGGACUUCAGAUCCCUCCAGCCGGAGCCCAUCUACCAGAACCUGUCGUCGAUGAACGGCCGCAUGUCGCCGCCGGGGUUCUCGCCGUCGUCGGCCAGCAGCUACGCCACGCUGACGCCGCUGCAGCCGCUGCCGCCCAUCAGCACGGUGUCGGACAAGUUUGCGUACGGCCACGCGGGCAAUGUGUCGGGCAGCUUCACGGUGAUGCAGAACAACGGCCUGGGCAACAUGCUGUCCAUGGGCUCGCCUUACCAGUAUGACAAGCUGUCCAUGUCCCCGCCGCACUACACCACCAAUAACAGCCUGGGCCUCAACCUGGGCCACCAACACUCACCCCUGUCGCCACACUCCUACCAGAAUGGCCUGGCGUCCCCACAGAAGUCCCUCAGCCCCAACGGCUACGACUCCCCCUACACCAGGCAGGACAUGAGCCGCACCACGCUGGCGGCGCCACAGUCCCCAACACUGUCGCCGCCCGUGUCCCUUCAUUCGCCGCCUCAAGCAUUUUCUAACUUCAGCGCGGCGCCCACGCCGACCCUCACCACAGCCACCCUCAACAUGAACGGCCUGUCUGGGGGCAGCGGGCUGGGCUCCCUCUCCCCUCAGGCAGUGUCUCCUCACAGUCCUAACUACAGCCCGCACCAUCAGCUGCAAGUGCCGCCGUCACCGCCGCCCAUCAAGCAGGAGCCCGCCGUGCACAGCGCGAGUCUGGGCUGCCAGCUGGCCAACAUGACGCCGACCAUGCCGACCACCAUCUCCCAGAGUCCACCACACGCCCACAUGGCCGUCACCAUGGCCCAGCAGGCCAUGGUCCCGGCGGCCCCCAUGUCGGUAGCCACGGCCUCGGUGGGCGGCCCCCAAGUGCCCAUGAAGACAUCACAAAUGGCCACCACGAGCGCGGGCAGCGUGGGCGCGGGAGCGGGCGAGGUGGAAGAAAUCAACACCAAAGAACUGGCGCAGCGAAUCUCUGCCGAACUGAAGCGGUACUCGAUCCCGCAGGCCAUCUUCGCCCAGCGUGUCCUGUGUCGGUCUCAGGGCACGCUGUCCGACCUGCUCAGGAACCCCAAGCCCUGGUCCAAGCUCAAAUCUGGCCGCGAGACCUUCAGACGCAUGUGGAAGUGGCUGCAGGAACCAGAAUUCCAGCGGAUGUCAGCCCUCAGAUUAGCAGCAUCGAUGGUCACAGGUACGUCAUCAGUGGCCCAGGAAGCGCCGCUCACUACCCCAGCACAGUGUCGCCAGAAUUACGGUGGGUACGGCUAUGGAGGCGAAGCGAAUCGGCCAUCUGGUGGAGAUUCAGCAUACUACCAAGCCGGUUUUCAAGUAAAAGCUUCAAGUUCAUCCUGCAAAAGGAAAGAGGAGCAGCAAAACCACCCCGACCAGCAGCCUGCGCCCAAGAAGCCACGUCUGGUUUUCACGGACUUACAGCGUCGUACACUGCAAGCUAUUUUUAAGGAGACGAAGCGGCCCAGCAAGGAGAUGCAGGUGACCAUCGCGCGGCAACUUGGCCUGGAGCCCUCCACCGUGGGGAACUUCUUCAUGAACGCUCGCCGCCGGUCCAUGGACAAGUGGAAGGACGACAACGAGAGCGGGGCCAAGAUGUGCGGGCUGGCUCCAGGGGGCACGAUGGUCCACGUGGCCCAGGUGCCCCAGGUGAGCAACCAGACCAAUACCAUGGCGGGCCACUGCCUGGACGAACACGACUUGUGACAGGCUACACCGCAGCCCCUGGUCUACCUGGCGCCGCAGUAGCCGCGCAGCCCACGCCCAUCAGCAACUGCUACGGGACAGGCGCCCGCGGGCACCCUCAGCAAUAGCGCGACCCCCGAGGGUCCGCCCUCCGGGCCCGCCCCCGGCACCCGCCUCGCCCCGCCCGCACAGUACAAGCAAGCAGCCCGUCAGGGGCGCGGUGGUGGUGGCCCGCACGCCCACACACCACAGGUCACUUCAGGUCACAGCAGACGAUGCUCGGUCAGGGCGGGAAGGUUCCAGCCAACAAUGAUCUCAGCACAUUCCGCAUCGGUCACUAGUCACGCCAAGAUGGAUUUGUCAUAGUUAUAAGUUUACCCUCAUAUUAGUAUAGAGCAAUUUGAUGUUGAUUAUUUAUUUUUAUGUAUUUAUUGUGUAAGUCACCAAGUAACUCAGUUUUGUAAGUGAAGCCUCAGUCACGGGGCGCCGCCGCGGGAAGCGGGCGGCGCCUCCCACGAGUCUAGUCACACUCUAUUCCGUUUCGUCGAGGCCCCGCGAGGCCGCCCAGUCAUCGGUUACCACUCCUAGUCAGGGUUCUGCCAUUCCAACCAAUCAAAGCUCACAUCUGCUAGUCAAGGUGAAUUCGUGAACAUUCCAAAACUUUGCCAAAGAAUGGAAACAAAUUGUACUUAAAGAGUAUUUUGUGAAGCUGUGCUAAAAUUUACACAUGUACUUAAUUUAGUGUUGCUAAUUUAUUGAUAAUUUAUUUUAACAUGUUUAUGUAAUAAGUUUGUUAUACUAUAUUUUUAUAUUAGGGAUGAGUGGAGGCGGCUAGGGGCGGGACGGGGCGGGGCGGGGUGCCCGGCGCGCCCCGUCCCGCCCCACCCGCCCCACCGCUGUAGUGUUUUAUGUUCAGUGUCUGGCCGGGGCGACGCUGCCUUAACUAACUCAGUUACCAUUUUUGUGUUGUCGCUUCAUGUGAUGAGUUGGGUAUGUGACGCCGGCGGCUCGGCGCUAACAAGAUUGAGAUGAAAAUUUAUGUUAAUCUGCAGCGCCGCGCCACCCAGUCAGUCAAUCAGUGAGUGUGGGCGGGCCGCCCUGCCCCUCCCAGGCUGGGGACGCCUCUACCAAAUAUUAUUUUUUGUUGUAUUUUUGUUGAUGUACUUAAGACUUAACCGUUCCAUUAUGCGGCGCGGCCCGGCGCGGCGCGGGGCACAGGUGUCGCCGCCGCCGCCACACUCACGCUGCUUUCUUCUUAAAAAUUCUGUUUCGACCCGUAACCCCAAAAGUAAACAGCGCCUCAGUGCGCGCCCUCCCGCGCGGGGCUGGGACAGAGGCCACGUGCCCCCCGCCGGAACCCGUGCCUCGUGCAGGGACCUCUCCUCCUCCCCCCAGGUCUGGCACGGCAGCAGCUGGCUGGCCCGGCCCCGCCACGCCCCGAGGCCCUGCCACCCGGCCUCCCCGUAUAUUGGAGUUUGUUUGCCCUUCAUUGUUUGGGUGCUUUGCACACUGUUAUGAUUGUUUGUAAGUCAUGAGCAACUGAUCGCGGAGGCAGCACGGCGCUGCCGCCUGACGGGCGCCGCCCCGGAGCCAGCAGCCGCCGCCGCCACACCCGAGGGACGAAUCAAAACACUGCUGGAGCCACUCGGUGGACCUUCACAAACAAGGCACCACGCCACCGCUGUGGUCAGUUCCGCUGCUGCUGUCGUUUCUACACAAAAUUUCAAACAUUUCCCAACACUCCUUCACCUGGAAGCGUCCCUCGGGGGCAGGGGGCCCGGAGCGGCGCCCCGGACCCCCUGCCCCCGUCCCUCCCUGUCCCACAAGUACGCAUGACGGACUUCCUGUUACGUCACUAAGCAAAGGCGAAUAUAUGCAUUCUUUUACACUUUUAUAUAGAGACUAAUCUUUGUGGUAGGUUCCUUCUGUGGCAGCAUGUAAACAAGUGACCUACGCUGUAAACAUUGAAAAAAAAAAAGGUGGUACCAUUUUACAAUUAAGGCAUUUCUGUCUCGUUUCUACUUAAUCUCUGUUAGACUCAGUGUCUUGAGUUCGUUCAAAACCGUCAUGGUGGUUUAGUACAAGAAUUUGGGCGAGUCGACCAGACACUGUACAGCUUUGUGAAUAGCUUAGUUUUUUUAGCGCGUAAGGUAACACUUCUGUUGUUGCAUGUUUUGUUUUGGAUGACUUGCCCAAAUAGUUUUGUCAAGUAAAGUUAGACACCAAUAAGAAAUGUGAAAUGUUAAUACAGACACAAACGACAAGGGUGAAAUUAUAACUAGGCAGAUUUUUUUCUGCCGAGAACUAUUUGCCUGCAUGUAUACCACUCUCGGUCACUCCCGACCAAGCUUUGCCCUCUUGUCGAUUGUUUAUCAUGUAAGUGGUGAGACUAUAGGCUUAAGUCAUCGUGAUGAAGUACUACGUGCGUCGGUUCUGGUAAACUUAUCAGCACUGAGUCAAACGUGCACAAAGAGAAGGCCCACCGUUCCUCGACAGUCGGGGGGAGGAGGAGGCCCCGGCGGGCAGGUCUGGCCGCGCCCACCAACACACUAUACCGUAGCUUUAACUCUCACUUCACCUUUCCUAUUCACUGUGGGUGGAUGGAUGGAUGGAUGGAUGGAUGGACAGACACAGCCGCCGCGUCUACUCUAGGUUACUACAGUCUCUGGGCAGCAGGUUCGAUGACCCCUUGUUAGGCCUCCCCAGCUAGCCAGGGAGGGCGACGUGCCUCGGCCAGCUCCUCGCCCCGCCGCCCCCCACACCUCAGGCCGGCCCCCUCCCCCUCCCCCUCCCUCGUGCCGGGAUGCCUCACAACCUGGACUGAUCACAGUGCAAUAAUAAUACUCCCUGUAUGGUUCUGAUGGAACACAUGCGCUACUGUUAGUAAUGCUAAAUACUACGUAUGGUUUGUUACAGACCAUGGUGGACACAUAUCAAGUUUUUAUAAUGUGACACUGUACAGAGGCGUCCAGCGAGGCCUGGUCGUCAGCUUCUUGCUGUUCAAAGAGAACCUUGUUGUGUGAGCAUCUGGAGACGUUAGAGUAGCACCACCCGCUGUACAGACUGUCGCCCGCCGUCUCUCUCUACCCUCUAGUGCUGUAUGUAUACUGCACCCUAUUUUUAGUCCAUGUGCUAGAGACCUCCUUAUAUGCCUUAACACAAGUGUAGAUUUAAAGGUAAGGUGGCAUGUCGGGGCCGCCCGCCCGCCACCACACUCUACUUCAGUUGUUGCAUACGAGGGUGCCACCACCUGGCCCCCGCGCCGCCCCGCCCCGCCACGCCCUCCCCCUCGCCCACAGUUCCCGUGCCCACACCACGGGUGUCCUAUAUUCUUAUGAUAAGACAAGAGAGAGGAAGAGAGAGAGUGGGCGCGUGGCGAAGUGGACGAAGUGGACAGGAGCGCGGGCGCGUCGAGGGUCAGACAGCACAAACUGUACCCGCCGCGCCGCGCCCCCGCCCACGCCGCCCGCGGGCUGCAGGUGGGCGGGGGCGUGGCGCGGCCCACCGUCUACCACUCGGCGUAACAUUGCCCUCUCAAUAUGCAAAUUGUUUUAGAGACAAUGUAUCAUAUAUCCUUGUCAAAGUGAAUAAACCAAAGCAGAGAG